GCAGCAAGACACCAAAAGAAAGACAACAAUCUCAACUGUGGCGCAAAGUAGCUAAGAGCUCUGGACUAGUCUACAGCAGCAGACAAACAAGGCAUAUUAUGGUUCGACUGUUCAAUGUUGUUCUCUGCGCUUCCCUCGUGGCCGCAGUCAUCGCUGCCCCGGCCGCAGAGGAGACGGUAAUUUCCGCGGCUCCUACUGCCGAUGCAAAUCCUGAUGCCAAAUCCAUUGAUGGCGAAGAGAAAGUUGAAGGUCGCGGGCUCGGUUUUGGAGGACCUGGUUUCAUAGGCGGUUACGGCCCCGGAUUUGGAGGCCUUGGCGGUUUUAGCUACGGUGGCCUGGGCGGAUAUGGUGGAGGUUAUGGUGGAGGUUAUGGUGGAGGCUAUGGUGGAGGCUAUGGUGGAGGUUACGGCGGAGGAAGCCGCGGUAGCUAUGGAUUGUUCGAGCAAGUCGGCACCUAUGGAAGUUACGGACAAGGUGGAUUUGGCAGAUACGGUGGAGGUUAUGGCGGGUACGGUAAGGAGUACGGGGGUUACAACGGUGGAAUUGGAUAUUACGGCUAAGCCUAUAUGAGCAUGAACAGCUGCUUCAGAAGUGUUUACCCUUGACGGAUGCGCACUCAUGACGUGGACCUCGGAAGUCACCGUGAAAGUACAACAAACCGAGGAAUCGGAAAAUGAAGAAAGGAGUGAGUAGGAAAGAUCACGAAUGGAUGAAAAAUAGCACUGGUCGCUAAUUGUCAAUCGUUUGUUGAUUCUUAUCAACCGGUGCGCUGGCUGAUGCUCUUUGGAGGAGUAUAAAAAAACAUUAGUACAAGGAUUGUUGUACUUGCCUUUUGGCUUCGUAAAGAUCUCGCGGGUGUACGUCCUAAAUGAGGGUGACGAUGGAAGCAACGAGGAAGAUGAGAUCAGCAAUAAGAACAACAACAAUACUGUCAGCAAACAAGACGAAGAAGCAAACUGCGUAAAACUGUGAUAUGAAUACCUACCUGAUAAAUAUGGAACCAGCCAAAUGGUCGCUUGCUAUUAAAUGGCUAUUGGUUGAAUCACUGGAAUUACUUAAUAAAUUUAGAUCGACCACACUAACUGAAUACAA